CUUUAGGCCAGCAGUGAAAAUUAGCGUCUGGGGUUAGUCUUGGGGCGGAGGUAGGGACAGGCGUUAGCGGACCCCGCCGUCUUUGCUCUUGCUCGCCCAGCUUUCUAACGCCGAAUACAAGCCCGGCCGGCGGCGUCGCGGGCGUGACGUCAUCGCGAGGCGUCGAGAGAGUCCCGCAGAGGAAGCCUUGACCUCUCUAAGCGUGGGGAGCUGCGGUACAAUGCUGCAGCUAGUCCAGGCAGGCGCGCGGGCCUGGCUUCGGCCCAAGGGCUGCCGGGGCCUAAAGGCGCUGGCAGAAGAGGCAGUGCAGCCGGCGGAGAAACCAGAACCGGUGGCGAGCGCGGGUCCUCGGGUGCCCGUGCUGCGCAGGUGCGAGCUCCCGGUACUCGCGCACCGGCGUCCCUUGCAGGCCUGGGUCGAGUCCCUGCGGGGCUACGAGCAGGAGCGCUUGGGUCUGACCGAGCUGCACCCAGACGUUUUCUCCGCGACGCCCAGGCUGGAUAUCCUGCACCAGGUUGCCAUCUGGCAGAAGAACUUCAAGAGAAUUAGCUAUGCCAAGACCAAGACCAGGGCCGAGGUGCGGGGCGGUGGCCGGAAGCCCUGGCCACAGAAAGGCAGUGGGCGCGCCAGGCAUGGCAGCAUCCGCUCCCCAAUCUGGCGAGGAGGAGGCGUUGCCCAUGGCCCCCGGGGCCCCACGAGCUACUACUACAUGUUGCCCAUGAAAGUGCGGGUGCAGGGCCUCAAGGUGGCGCUGACCGUCAAGCUGGCCCAGGACGACCUGCACAUCGUGGACUCCCUGGAGCUGCCGACCGCAGACCCCCAGUACCUGAUGGAGCUGGCCCGCUACCGCCGCUGGGGCGACUCCGUCCUCCUUGUGGACUUAGAACACGAGGACAUGCCCCAGAACAUUGUGGCAGCUGCCUCUGGGUUGAAGACCUUCAACCUAGUCCCUGCUAUUGGCCUGAACGUGCACAGCAUGCUCAAGCACCAGACCCUGGUCCUGACCCUGCCGACCGUCGCCUUGCUGGAGGAGAAGCUGCUCUGGCACGACUCGCGCCACACGCCCCUCUACCCCUUCCGCCUGCCCUACCGCGAUUUCCCCUGAGCCCCACGCUGCACCUCCAGGGCCCAUCGGCCACCCUCCUUCCUGCUCACUGUCCACGCGGUGCGCCUGCUCCGAGCCCGGCCGAGCCCCCGGUGGGCUUGGGAGCCUCCCGCUCACCCUGCAA